UGCUUUUAUCCGUUCAGCAUUACAUUCGAUAUUUACUAUAAGUGAAACACUCACAUACACUUCUAAAUGUAGGCUAACUAACUAAUCUAUUCGCCUUAUACAUAAUGUUUUAACUUAAGGUACACAGAGACAUAAGGCAUUUAUUAUUUUCUAAUUAUUAUUAUUUUUAAUGAUCUGGGGGCAUGUUAGCGGAUAAAAUGCAUUAAACGAGAGAAGCGAUGAGGGUGGAGAUUAAAGCAGCGGGACUGAGCGCCAUCAUUUAUAAUCUCGAGCAUCUCAUGUCAGUCAGAUCACAGGACAGCAGCUCAAUGUGACACAUGCAAACUCACUGCCAGCUCUCCUGUGCGUGUCUGAAUGUUGGGAAGCACAGCUUUAGUCCUGGAAAAUAACCCUGUCAUCGUGGGAAAAUGAAAUAAACUCUUCUCAAGAUGAUGCGAGGAUACAGACCGACUCCAGUCUCUAACUCGACUCUGUCCUUCUGUGGCACGGAUAACUCCUCGGCGUAUAAGGUUGAUAAUGGCCUUCUGAAUAACGGCUGCUUUUUGGACGCUCUAGGUGUCGUCCCUCAUGUCUUUUUGCUGUUUAGCACCUUCCCCAUCCUCUUCAUCGGCUGGGGCAGUCAGAGCUCGAAGGUUCACAUUCACCACAGCACGUGGCUUCAUUUCCCCGGCCAUAACCUCCGCUGGCUGCUCACCACCGUCCUGCUCUUCGUGCUGGUUUGUGAGAUCGCUGAGGGAAUCGUGUCGGACGGGUUUAAUCAGUCCCGUCAUCUUCACCUCUACAUGCCAGCAGGGCUCGGGAUACUGGCUGCCGUCACUUCCAUCGUCUAUUACCACAACAUAGAGACCUCCAACUUCCCCAAGCUGCUUAUAGCGCUGCUGAUCUAUUGGACUUUGGCCUUUAUCACCAAAACCAUCAAGUUUGUAAAGUAUGACGAUCACGGCAUCGGCCUGAGGCAGCUGCGCUUCUGCAUCACAGGACUGCUGGCGCUUCUGUACGGCCUGCUGCUGGGAGUCGAGGUCAACGUGAUCCUGCGCAGGCGCUACAUGUGGUUUCCGUAUCCCACGGAGGUGAAGCCACCUGAUGACCUUCAGGAUCUGGGCGUUCGGUUCCAGCAGCCGUUCGUCAACCUGCUGUCUAAGAGCACGUACUGGUGGAUGAACACCUUCAUCACCUCUGCACACAAACGACCCAUCGACCUGAAAACCAUCGGCAAGCUGCCCAUAUCCAUGAGAGCUCUUACCAACUACCAAAGGCUCCGCAAGGCCUUCGAUGCACAGAUGGAGGACGGUCCCGUCCCGCUGAAGGGCUCGAGGUGGAUCUGGCGUUCCCUGCGUCAGGCGUUCGGCAGACCUCUGUUGCUGAGCAUCACUUUCCGCUUCAUGGCCGACCUGCUGGGCUUCGCCGGGCCGCUCUGCAUCUCUGGGAUUGUUCAUCACAUCAGCAGCGACAAUCACAGCGCUCUGCCUCCGGUGAAGCUGCUUGGAGUGCACUUCAUCUCGUCAGAAGCGUUCUUAGCGAAUGCGUAUGUUCUGGCUGUGCUGCUGUUUCUGGCGCUGCUGCUGCAGAGAACCUUCCUUCAGGCGUCUUAUUAUGUCGCCAUUGAGACCGGAAUAAAACUCAGAGGAGCCAUUCAGACUAAGAUCUACAAUAAGAUCAUGCGUCUGUGCACCUCUAACAUGUCUAUGGGUGACAUGACCACGGCCCAGAUCUGCAGUCUAGUGGCCCGCGACACCAACCACCUCAUGUGGUUCUUCUUUCUCUGCCCCAACCUGUGGGCCAUGCCGGUUCAGAUUGUGAUUGGGGUGUUGCUGCUGUACUCUCUGCUGGGAGUGAGCGCUCUGAUCGGCGCGACGGUCAUCGCCGUUCUGGCCCCGCUGCAGUAUUUCGUAGCCACUCGACUCUCACGGGCGCAGAAGAGCACUCUGGAAUACACCAGUGAGAGACUGAAGAAAACCAACGAGCUGCUGAGGGGAAUCAAGCUGCUGAAGCUCUACGCAUGGGAGCACAUCUUCAGAUCCAGCGUGGAGGAAACACGCAGACAAGAACUGACCAACCUCCGGACGUUUGCGCUCUACACGUCCCUCUCCAUCUUCAUGAACGCUGCCAUCCCAAUCGCUGCUGUUCUCACAAUCUUUGUGGUUCACGUGCACGUGCAGAGUGCCACAGACUUCGAUCUGUCUCCCGCUGUGGCCUUCGGCUCCCUGUCGCUCUUCCACAUCCUGGUGACGCCCCUCUUCCUGCUCUCCAGUGUUCUGCACUCCACGGUCAAGGCUCUUGUCAGUGUGCAGAAACUGAGUGAAUUUCUUGGCAGUACAGAGAUUGAAACUGAUCAGGAUCCCAUCGUCCAGACUCCAGCGAACAACAAUGGCAACAUUAAGUCUGUCUACGCAUUACAGCUUCAGGCCAAACUAGUGAAUCGUAAGAAUAAAACCAAACAGGACGUGAACAGGAACUUUGAGCAGCACGACCAGGAACUGACAGCAUCAGCGGCCCAGGAGGAGGAAGUGUGUAUUAAGAUUAUAAACGGCUUCUUCACAUGGACGCAGGGAUGCCCGACUCUGACCAAUAUUGACAUAAAGGUUCCCUUCGGGCAGCUGACGAUGAUCGUAGGACAGGUGGGAUGUGGGAAAUCCUCUCUUUUACUGGCUGCACUGGGAGAGAUGCAAAAGAUUUCUGGGAACAUCACAUGGAACAGUUUACCCAAGAGUGAUUCAGAAGAAAAUGUGAGAGCACAUUAUAUGAGUGAAAGACAGUCGCACCGGAAAAGAGGUUCAGUAGCCUAUGCUUCCCAGAGGCCUUGGCUCUUAAACGCCACCGUUGAGGAGAACAUCUUGUUUGACAUGGCCCCCAAUGAGAAGAGAUAUAAGGAGGUGAUUGAGGUCUGUCAGCUUCAGCCAGAUAUCGACACACUUCCACAAGGAGACCAGACAGUGAUUGGAGAGAGGGUACGUCAUCUUGGCAUCAUUCUCUCUGGAGGCCAGCGUCAGCGGAUCAGCGUUGCUCGAGCCCUUUAUCAGCAGACCAAUGUGGUUUUCCUGGACGACCCGUUUUCAGCUCUCGACAUUCAUCUCAGUGAUCAUCUCAUGCAUGAAGGGAUUCUCAAGUUCCUCCGACAGGAAAAGAGGACCGUUGUCUUGGUUACUCACAAACUGCAGUAUUUACCUCAUGCAGACUGGAUUAUUGCCAUGCGGGACGGGACAGUGCAGACACAAGGGACCUUAAAGGACAUCCAGUAUGCUGAACCUGAACUCUUCGAACAGUGGAGAACCCUAAUGAACAGACAGAACAAAGAGAACAGCACAGAACUGAAGAGGAAGAGCUUCAGACGGGCCAUGUACUCUAGAGAUACUCUGAGUCUAGCCACAGAGGACGAGGAUGAAGCUGCUGAUAUCACUGUCAGUGAAGUGAAAGACAGCUCAACCAGCACAGAUGAGGACAGCCUCAGGGCGGAGCUGCGUCACAGGACCACCAUUCCCUGGAGCUCGUUUGCAACAUACUUGAGAGCCGCAGGCAUGUUACUGCUUCCUCUGCUCAUCCUCUCUCAGCUCACCAAACACUCCCUGAUGGUCGCCAUAGACUUCUGGCUCGCUCACUGGACGUCACACGUCAUCGCAGCGCAGGUGGAAAGUGCUGAGAGGAACUGCACCAUCACAAGGGACUGUGAGUUCAGCCACUCGUCGUACCUGCAGGUGUUCUGUGUGUUGUGCGGUCUGGGGAUCGUGCUGUGUCUCAUCACGUCUCUGGCGGUGGAGUGGACGGGUCUACGGGUGGCCAAAGAGCUUCACUGCAGCCUCCUGCGCAUCAUAGUCCUCGCACCCAUGAGGUUGUUCGAGACAACUCCACUGGGGAACAUCCUAAACCGAUUCUCGACUGAUACCAACACUAUCGAUCAGCAUAUUCCGGCCACAAUGGAGUGUUUGAGUCGCUCGACUCUGCUGUGUGUGUCUGCGGUGGGCGUCAUCUCUUACGUCACGCCCGUCUUUCUCAUCGCUCUGCUGCCGCUGGCCAUCGCAUGUUACUUCAUUCAGAAGUAUUUCAGAGUGGCAUCCAGAGACCUGCAGCAGUUGGAGGACAGCACUGAGAUGCCUCUUCUGUCCCAUUACUCACAGACCAUCGAGGGUCUCACCACCAUCAGAGCUUUCAGGCAUGAGCAAAAGUUUAAGAAGAAACUGCUGGAACACACAGAUGCUAAUAAUAUCUCCUCCCUCUUCCUGACAGCAGCCAAUCGCUGGCUGGAGGUUCGCAUGGAAUAUGUCGGGGCGUUUGUGGUGCUGAUAGCAGCGGUCGCGUCGAUAACGAAUGCUUUAUACAGCCAGGUUUCAGCAGGACUCGUGGGUCUGGGACUCACAUAUGCACUGAUGGUGUCAAACUACCUGAACUGGAUCGUGCGUAACCUGGCAGACAUGGAGGUGCAGCUGGGCUGCGUGAAGAGGGUCAGCGCUCUGAUACACACCCAACCGGAGAGCUACGACGGGCUCAUGACUCCAGCUCAGGUUCCUGCCGGAUGGCCAAAAUACGGAGAGAUCCAGAUCAACAAUCUGAGUGUGCGCUACGACACCAGCUUGAAAGCGGUUCUGAGACACGUCAAUGCCCACAUCAAACCGGGACAGAAGGUGGGAAUAUGUGGACGGACGGGAAGUGGAAAAUCGUCCUUUUCUUUGGCUCUCUUCAGAAUGGUGGACACGUUCGAGGGACAAAUUCUCAUUGAUGGGAUUGAUAUUGCCAAGCUUCCUCUGCAGACGCUACGAUCAAAGUUUUCCAUUAUCCUGCAGGAUCCCAUUUUAUUCAGUGGAACGAUUCGGUUUAAUCUGGAUCCAGAGAGAAAGGCCACAGACAAAAUGCUUUGGGAGGCUCUUGAAAUCGCCCAGCUAAUGCCAGUUGUUAAAGCUUUACCUGGUGGACUAGACGCCACAGUGACGGAGGGAGGAGAGAACUUCAGUCAGGGCCAGAGGCAGCUCUUCUGUCUCGCCCGAGCCUUCGUGAGGAAGAGCAGCAUCCUCAUCAUGGACGAAGCCACAGCAUCGAUCGACAUGGCCACAGAGAGCAUUCUGCAGAAAGUAGUCAUGACGGCGUUUGCAGACCGGACAGUGGUGACGAUAGCACAUCGCGUUCACACCAUCCUGGGCUCGGACGCGGUGAUCGUGAUGAAACACGGAGCGAUCGUCGAAUAUGAUGAACCCGAUGUGCUGCUGGAGCAGAAGGACAGCGUUUUCUCCGCGUUUGUGCGAGCGGAUAAAUAAAGGUGGUUGGAUGGAGGAGGAAUAUGUGGGAUCUUUAUGGUUGUAUAGUUAAUUUCUUGUAAAAUAAUAAAAUGCUGAAUUACAUAGUAAUCUGUAUAUGGGAGAUCUGUAGAGAGGCUCUAUUAUAAGAACUAAACUAUCAGAAAUUAAAAUGUGCUGCAAGUGAUUUUUUUCAAAUAAAUUGUCCCUUUUUAAAACAUGUAUUCAGUGUGUACUUUAGGACAGGGGUUUUCAAUCUUUCAGAUGAUACACACCCCCAUCCUCAAAUUUAAAAGGCAGCAAAACAUUUUUAUGUAUAAAGAUCCAAUUUAUACUGUGAAAAAUAAGUAUUAUAAAUGUGUAAAUCUCUUGUUUAGAAAAUAUUAAAGUUUUUUUUUUCU